AUGCCGAGCAGCCUGCGCUCGCUGGUGAGCGGCCGCCGCGCCGCCACCGCCGGCUCGUCGGCCAGCCUCUACACCGAGUCGACGAGCGGCUCGUCGCCGCGCCUGUCGGCCAUGCGCAAGUGCGAGACGGUGCUGGCGCUCGCCGAGGCGCCCGCGCUGCGCCCCGUCAACCGGCUGCGCGUGCCGCCGCCCGCCGGCGGAGGCGGGCUGUGCUCUCGCUGCUCAUCCCUGCUCUCGCUCGCCUCGUCGUCGAGGUACUCGCUCAACACGGCUACGGCCAGCUUCGUGCCGCAGCCGCCGGCGCCCGCGCCCGCCCUGCUCUGCAAGCUCUGCCUGCAGGAAGUCCCGCCGCGACACGUCGUCCAGCUCGCAGACUGCGCCUGCGAGUACUGUAUCGAGUGUAUGAAGGCGUACCUGGAGUUCGAAAUCCAAGAAGGCGCUUACGAGAUCUCUUGUCCCGACGCCCAAUGUGAGAAGCAGGGCGUGAUCUCAAUAUCUGAAAUGGAGACUCUAGUCACAGCAGAUUUGAUAGAGAAGCACAAGAAGUUCCGCCUAAACAGAGAGGUGGACCUGGAUGUGGCACGCACGUGGUGUCCCCGUGCCGGUUGUGAGACAGUUUGCUCGGUAUGCCCCACGGAGAAGUGCAGGCCACAAUGCGUGCACUGUCCCACUUGUGCAGAUGACUUCUGUUCCAACUGCCGUCGCCCGUGGCAUCCAGGUGUGCCAUGCGAGCAGGCAGCUCCUGCCUCCGAGCCACCAGGCAUACCAUUCGACUCUGACCUCAUCAAGUGCUGCCCCAUGUGCAAUGUGCCCAUAGAGAAGGAUGAAGGGUGUGCACAAAUGAUGUGCAAGCGCUGCAAGCAUGUUUUCUGUUGGUACUGCCUCGCUUCACUUGAUGAUGACUUCCUUCUACGGCACUACGAUAAAGGACCUUGCAAGAACAAACUAGGCCAUUCACGGGCCUCUGUCAUCUGGCACCGGACCCAGGUGAUUGGAAUAUUUGCUGGCUUUGGAAUCCUGUUGCUUGUGGCUUCACCAUUGCUGCUGCUGGCUGCACCGUGCAUUGUAUGCUGCAAAUGUCGCAUCUGCAGUGGUGGCAGUAAGCUUGACAGUGAAGAUGAGUUGCCUGAUGAAUCUGCAUCUUGAGCAACUAGCAUAUUGACUCUUUUAAAGAAGUACUGAUUCUGUAGUGUUGUGACAGGAUAAAAUGCCAGUGAGUGUAUCCAUAAGCACUUAGUGAAGGACUGACUGUUUUUCAACUGAAAUGUGCAUUAGGGAUAACUCCCUGCUGUCGUGAGGACUGAAUUAGUGCCAGCUUUUGUGGGUGACUGAACUAAUGCAUACUAUUUUGUAAAUGGAAAAAAUCACUAUAAUGUUCAUCUUUUUCUUGGAGUUAUUUGGUAUUUGUAAGGAUAUCCAUCUGUGUUGAUGGUUACUGAAGUUAAUAAAGAGUUACUUUCACUUUUUUGCUUCAUUAAUGAAGUAUGGGUGAUUGUUACAUUCAAUUAUA